AUGCUGAAUAAAACAGACCUGGACCCACCCUCAUUUAUUCUGAAUGGAGUUCCAGGACUGGAAGAUAUACAUGUCUGGAUUUCUCUCCCAUUCUGCUUCAUGUAUGCUGUGGCUGUGGUAGGGAACUGCGGACUCCUCUACCUCGUUUGCUAUGAGGACGCCCUGCACAAACCCAUGUACUACUUCUUGGCCAUGCUUUCUCUCACUGACCUUGUCAUGUGCUCUAGUACAAUCCCUAAAGCUCUCUGCAUCUGGUUUCACCUCAAGGAAAUCAGCUUUGUAGAAUGCCUGGUUCAGAUGUUCUUCAUUCACACCUUCACAGGGAUGGAGUCUGGGGUGCUCAUGCUGAUGGCCCUGGACCGCUAUGUGGCCAUCUGCUACCCUCUGCGCUACUCAACUAUCCUCACCAAUCCUGUCAUUGCAAAGGCUGGGCUCUCCACCUUUCUCAGAGGGGUGCUGCUCAUCAUUCCCUUCACUUUCCUUACCAAGCAUCUGCCCUACUGCAGAGGCAAUGUAAUUCCCCACACCUACUGCGACCACAUGUCUGUAGCCAAGUUAUCCUGUGGAAAUAUCAAGCUCAAUGUUAUCUAUGGUCUGAUGGCUGCCUUUUUG